AUGGCCUCAACACCAGCCGACACGGGGUUCCGUCAACGACGGAAAACUCUUCCUAUCGGUCCGAGUCAGACCUUCUCCAUGACCUCUUUUUCAUCCCAACAUGUGAAGCAUGUACCCCUAGGCGAUCGAGGUCCAGACUACCUCAGGAUACCUCCCGCUGUCUCGGGGGAGACCGACGACGAGACACUCUCUGGCCAGUCACAACAUCGCCGUAGCGAAUCCAUCAACAAGAAAGACAUCCAAGACCAAGACAACAUUUCUCUCCUUCCUACAGAGCAGUCCAACCACUCCACAACAGACAACGCCACGGCCACACCCAGUACACAUGACGAGAGUGGGAGGUCAGUCAUUCAUUGGUCUAUGUACUCUAGCGGGUGGAUUAUCCAUCUGCUGGCAGUCUCCAUGACGAUUGUCGUCCUUGUUAUAGGGAUGAAGAAAAUCUAUUGGUAUCCCGAAGCCGGCCCCCUCAUACACGGUGAUUAUUGCCUGGAUGCCGAAACCAUCAGCAACGUCCUCCAGCUUGUGGCCAAGAUACACGAGCUCCUCAUCGUUGCCUCGUUGUCUUCGAUCGCGCUGGCCAUGUUCCGUCGCCGCUUAAUCAAGGACGGAGUCCGCCUGGGCUUCCUCACCGGCAGUUAUCGAGUCGGCGACGUCGGCUAUCUCGGCACCGCUGCGUUCUGGCGUCAAGGCCUUAGCGACCCGAAGCCGUGGGAGAUACUGCUCUCUGGAUUCCUUGUCUUUGCUACCAUCAUGUCCACCAUUGUAGGACCGGCGUCUGCGGUGCUUCUUUUACCGACCUUGGAUUGGUAUAAAUUUAAACCUGGAACAGAGUUUAACAACAUUAAACUUCCUCUUUAUUAUGGGCGGCAUCCAAACAGGGCUUGGACUGAGACCUACCAGGACAGCGAUGACCUGAAAAAUGCUAGAUGCAACACCGUUGAUGGCAUCUACACUACAGGUUGUCCCGCGGGAGGGUUCAACGAGAUAUCUACUUGGGUACAAAACCAUGGCGCUACUCAGUUGAGAAACAAUCUCACCUUCUCUGCUACAUCCGCCGACAUUCGCCGUCAUGUAGUGUUUACUCAGGCCAACUUCUCGGAGAACGGUGCCAAAACAACCCUUUCCACGACAGCACCGCAGUUCAUUCUCGACAGCGUCGGUCUCUUCCAGCGGUACAUCAACGACAGAAACAGAACAGUCGGCGCCGUAUCUCGCGAAUCGCGCCUUCGACUCAAUUUCACGAGAACCACGGGAUCAGAGACGGCUCAGAAUCAUUCAUUGACAGAACUAUACCAGCCAUUCGUGCAGUCUAGGUGUGAGGUUCACGACUGGGACCAAAUGAGUAACUCGACAGAAAACGUCACCUAUCCCACCACAGUCAACCAGUUUCAAUGUUUCAAUCAAUCAGAAUGCCUGGAUCAGAACGUGCAUCUGGUAUCUGACACAACGGUUCAAUAUAUUAAACAAUAUGAGAAAUCCUCAGCCGUAUCCAACUACUGGACAAGCCAAGACAACUCUACCAUCAUAUUUUUGCACGGGACCGUGCCGAAUAAAACAUCGGAGAAUGGUGACCAGAUUCAAACAGUGUACUUUUGCACCCUAACCGCGAACUGGGUGCCUUCCUCUUUCUCGACUGACCCCGGAGUAAGCGACGUCCUGAAUUCCACGUUGAGUCACGGAUCCAGUAUGGAAAACGUAUAUCACAACAAAUCCGUCCAAAGUGUUCUCCCUAUGAGGUUUUCCAGCUCAUGGUUUGAGUACGCCAAUCCAUGGUGGAACUCGGAGAAUAAUACCACUGCUCUUGCCCGUGUUGUGGACAGUUUCGCUCGACACGAAACGAAAAACGACACGAUCCAAGGAUACAUGGCGUUUGGUGACUCUGGCAACAUGUCUGCGGUAGAGGGCUUACUUGAAAGGGUUUUUGGAGGCUAUCUGACCGAUGCUCUCGCACGUGAUUCACACGGUCGAAGAACACGAGUCGUGUUGAGUGAAAAUAAUUCCGAGCUGACCUUUGUCGACCUUCAAGAACAAUACAGCGAUCGAGGCGGCAUACAUAAGUAUAUUUCACACCCCCGUAACAUAACGCUUGACAAAUGGGGGGGGAAUGAAACAACAAUUCAUAAGUCCUUCGAUAAGGUGGUGGAGGACUUGAAGAAAGGCUUGGCCAUCGACAUUCAAGCCGAACGAUACGGGUACGGCACCGGUCAACAACGCAAGACGGCGUCCUUCGCCCAGGCCAUGCUGUUCAUCUACCUCGGCGCUAUCACAAUCUACGCUGCCACUAUCGUGGUUAGCAAAGCACUGGAGUACCUCGAGGGAAAGAAGCCAGGUGUUGAUCAGAGUGUCAUCCCGUGGGCCGACUUGCAGGAUCUCUUCGUCCUCGGGCUCCGAACGCCGCCUCCCGGCGGCGAUGACCUGGCAUCCUCCGGCGUCGGCGUGAGUGACAUCAGAAUCUGGCAGAAGGUUAUUGCAGCGAGGGUGGGCGAUGACAACAAAGUGCAACUGGCGUUUGAAAAGACAUCACUAGAGAAGUUGGACCCGAGUAACGCGGGGGAGUAUUGCUGA